AUGCCGACCUCCGGCGACGCCUCGGGCGCCCUGCCCCACCCCCACGUCGUGCUCCUCCCGAGCGCCGGGAUGGGCCACCUCGUCCCGUUCAGCCGCCUCGCGGUGUCCCUCUCCUCCUCAGACCACGGCUGCGGCGUCUCCGUCGCGACCGUGCUCCCCACCGUGUCGUCCGCCGAGUCCGCGCACCUCGAGGCCCUGUUCAGCGCGUGCCCGGCCGUGCGCCGCCUCGACUUCCACCUCGCGCGGUUCGACGCGUCCGAGUUCCCCGGCGCCGACCCCUUCUUCCUCCGCUUCGAGGCCAUGCGCCGCUCCGCGCCCCUCCUCGGCCCGCUCCUCGCCGGCGCCGGCGCGUCGGCGCUCGUGACGGACAUCGCGCUGGCAUCCGUCGUCAUACCCGUCGCCAAGGAGCUCGGCCUCCCCUGCUACGUCCUGUUCACCGCCUCCACCGCGAUGCUCUCCCUGUGCGUCCACUUCCCCGCCUACCUCGACGCGAAUGCCGGCGGUCCCGUCGGCGACGUCGACGUCCCCGGCGUGUACCGCAUCUCCAAGGCUUCCAUCCCGCAGGCGCUGCACCACCCCGAGCACCUCUUCACGCGGCAGUUCGUCGCCAACGGCCGCGAGCUCGCGAAAGCCGACGGCCUCCUGGUCAAUUCCUUCGACGAGUUCGAGCCAGAAGCCAUAGCUGCACUCCGGGAUGGCUCCGUCGUUGCCGGGUUCCCAAAUGUUUUCUCGGUUGGGCCACUCGCUCCGGUGAGCUUUUCGGCAAGUGAACCGGCGGAAAAUCAAGCCGAUUAUAUGCAGUGGCUCGCGGCGCAGCCGGCGAGGUCGGUGGUGUACGUCAGCUUCGGCAGCCGCAAGGCCAUAUCCAAGGACCAGCUCAGGGAGCUCGCCGUCGGGCUCGAGGCGAGCGGCCACCGGUUCCUGUGGGUGGUGAAAAGCACCGUCGUCGACAGAGACGACGAGGCCGAGCUCAGCGAGCUGCUCGGCGAAGGCUUCUUGGAGCGUGUGCAGGGGCGGGGCAUGGUGACCAAGGGUUGGGUGGAGCAAGAGGAGGUCCUGAAGCAAGAAUCCAUCGGUCUGUUCAUCAGCCACUGCGGCUGGAACUCGGUCACGGAGGCGGCGGCGAACGGAUUGCCGGUUCUGGCAUGGCCGAGGUUCGGGGACCAGAGGGUGAACGCCGGCGUAGUGGCGCGCAGCGGGCUCGGCGUCUGGGAGGAGCGGUGGAGCUGGGAGGGGGAGGAGGGAAUGGUGAGCGGGGAGAGUAUCGCGGAGAAGGUGAAGGCUGUAAUGGCGGACGAGACAGUGAGGAACAAGGCGCGUGAUUUCUGCCUCUCUAAUCGCCUUAGCCAGAUGGAUGCACUGCAGCAUGAUUGUGUCGUUGAUUUCGCCGAGCUGAAGGUCGAGUAUCCAUCUAUCCCCCAGAAGCACGCCGGCAACACUCCGGUUCUUGCGGAUGGAGCGCCUGAAUAUGUCCGGGAAUUGGAGCUUGAGCGGGCGACCGUUGAGCCAAUUGCAGUGCCAGAAGCGCAGCAGCGUGACGAUCGCCGUGAUGGAGAAGAGCCCAAUGCUAUGCGUGGCAAUACUGGCGAUGGUGGAAUCCCAGAAGAUGGCCGCACCACCGCAGGUGCCGAUCGCCGGCCCUGGCAGCCAGAGGGGGCCACCAUCUCCGGCCUACGGCGCCCUUGGCCGUCCUCAACAUGCCUGGUCCAAGUCCCCUGGUAG